CACAGACACAAAACCGACGGUGGAAGCCACGUCAGCCACUAGCAGUGCUACUGUUCCAGGUGGUGGAGAAGACGACACCGAUGACACGCCCAUCAUCGCGGUGAUGGUGGCUCUGUCGUCCCUGCUCGUCAUCAUCUUCAUCAUCAUCAUCCUCUAUAUGCUGAGGUUUAAGAAGUACAAGCAGGCCGGCAGCCAUUCCAACUCCUUCAGGCUGACCAACGGUAGAUCAGAUGAUACAGAGCUCCAGAGUGUGCCACUAUUGGCCCGCUCACCCAGCACCAACAGGAAGUACCCUCCCCUUGUUGUCGACAAGCUGGAGGAGGAGAUGAAUCGUCGCAUGGCUGACGACAACAAGCUCUUCCGGGAGGAGUUCAACGCGCUGCCAGUGUGUCCCAUCCAGGCGUCGUGCGACGCGGCCUCUAAGGAGGAGAACAAGGAGAAGAACCGAUACGUCAACAUCCUGCCAUAUGAUCACUCCAGGGUGCAUUUGUCAUCACUAGAGGGAGUUCCAGACUCCGACUUCAUCAACGCAUCCUUUAUCAACAACGCAGGUCCCACGCUAAAUGACCAUGAAGUAGAAACAACAUCAAUACAUCAAAAAGGGUACCAAGAGAAAAACAAGUUCAUUGCAGCUCAAGGGCCAAAGGAGGAGACGGUGAACGACUUCUGGAGAAUGGUCUGGGAACAGAACACAGCCACCAUCGUCAUGGUGACCAACCUGAAGGAAAGAAAAGAGUGUAAGUGUGCCCAGUACUGGCCAGACCAGGGCUGCUGGACCUACGGCAACAUCCGGGUCUCUGUGGAGGACAUGAUGGUGCUGGUGGACUACACCAUCCGCAAGUUCUGCAUCCAACAGGUGGGGGAUGUGGGGGGUAAGAAGCCCCAGCGGCUUGUGACCCAGUUCCACUUCACCAGCUGGCCAGACUUCGGCGUCCCCUUCACACCCAUCGGCAUGCUCAAGUUCCUCAAGAAGGUCAAGACCUGCAACCCCCAGUACGCCGGCCCCAUCGUGGUCCACUGCAGUGCUGGGGUGGGGAGGACAGGUACCUUCAUAGUGAUAGACGCCAUGUUGGAUAUGAUGAACACCGAGAGAAAGGUGGACGUGUUUGGCUUUGUCACACGUAUCAGAGCCCAGCGCUGCCAAAUGGUCCAGACAGACAUGCAAUACGUGUUCAUCUUCCAGGCCAUGCUGGAGCACUAUCUGUACGGGGACACUGAGCUGGAGGUGACCUCCCUGGAGUCCCACCUGGCCAAGCUCUAUGCCCCCUCCACCGCCGCCGGCUGUGGGGGCAUGGAAGCGGAGUUCAAGAAGCUGACUUCCAUCAAAAUCCAGAACGACAAGAUGAGGACAGGCAACCUGCCGGCUAACAUGAAGAAGAACAGAGUUCUCCAGAUCAUCCCAUAUGAGUUCAACAGAGUGAUCAUCCCAGUCAAGAGAGGGGAGGAGAACACGGACUAUGUCAACGCCUCCUUCAUUGACGGCUACCGUCAGAAGGACUCGUACAUGGCCAGCCAGGGCCCGCUGCGGCACACCAUCGAAGACUUCUGGAGGAUGAUCUGGGAGUGGAGGAGCUGCUCCAUAGUCAUGCUCACUGAGCUGGAGGAGAGAGGACAGGAGAAGUGUGCCCAGUACUGGCCCAGUGAUGGGGUGAUGGGUGUGGGGGACAUCUCCAUUGAGCUGAAGAAGGAGGAGGAGAGUGAGAGCUACACUGUUAGAGACCUCCUGGUCACCAACAACAGGGAGAACAAGGCUCGUACGGUGAGACAGUUCCAUUUCCAUGGCUGGCCAGAAGUGGGCAUCCCCAGUGACGGGAAGGGCAUGAUCAACAUCAUCGCUGCGGUCCAGAAGCAGCAGCAACAAUCUGGCAACCACCCAAUAACUGUCCACUGCAGUGCGGGCGCGGGGCGGACGGGGACCUUCUGUGCCCUGAGCACGGUCCUGGAGCGGGUGAAGGCUGAGGCCAUCCUGGACGUCUUCCAGACCGUCAAGAGCCUCCGGCUGCAGAGACCCCACAUGGUUCAGACACUGGAGCAGUACGAGUUCUGCUACAAAGUAGUCCAGGAGUAUAUUGAUGCCUUUUCUGACUAUGCCAACUUCAAGUAGGGACAGACCCACACAUGGGACGGACAUCCAUAUACAGUCAUAAAAACAAAGCAAACACACACGUACCCGACGGAAGCAAAGAAACUGGUUAAGGCUUAGAUGACUGGACAGCCUGCGUGCAUGAAGGAAAAGGGAAUGGAAGUCUUGUGACAGAGCAAAGUGCAGCGCUGCAGUGUACCGGAGGGAGUGAAUAUCAGAGAUGCCUUCUUGAAUAUUUUGUAAUAUUGAUCUUGUUAAUAUGGCUCCCCAUCCAGACAACCCCCAAUCAUGUACAUAUACUUAGCCUGUCACAUUUUGUUGUUUUGUUUUUAAGACCUUUUUUUUUGGCUGCAUUUUUAGGGUGACAUUUAUAAUGUAUUUUAUUGGUUUAUAUAAAUAUAUAUGAAUAUAAAUCGGACGCUUUAGAGGCUUAUGUCAAAAAUCGAGAAUUGAGGGAAUGGUGUUGGUAUUUUUUUAUUUCUCUUGUCUUUUGGUUUUUACAGUUCAGUGACUGAGACUUACGUGGUUGAUGGCUUCAUCUGAUUCAGGCUGCAACUUAAUGCUGAUAGGUCAACCUCAGAGGAAUAGAUUUACACAGCCAAUCAGAAUUAAUCUGUUCACACGAACGCACACACGCUACAGCUAGCCAGGAGCAUAUCCAGAAUUGGCCACGAUGGCUUUGCUAAUCACAUGGUCCAAACCCUUUCGACUAGUUUUCCGUUGAGUUCACAGAUCACACAGAGGCCAAUGAGUCAUGGCAUUUGCUAAACCCACCGUUACACAAGUGCGUAGCACCCCAGAGCCGAUUUGAAUUCUCACAGCACAAACAGAUUGUUUGUGUGUGUUUUUAAAAGGGAGCCGUGAAAAGUCUGGCUGGAGGGGGGACACUGUUUCCCCUGUGUGCCAAACAGUCUCCUCAGGUGAAGAGUAAAGUUGCUCCUUGACCCUGGUCUUGGGUCAGUUUUGCGUUUCCCUCACUAAUAGUUAAGAUUAGGAUUUGGGGAGCUGAUCCUAGAUAUGUACCUAGGGCCCACUCUUCACCUGAGAGGCAGGCCUAUGGUGUAGCUAGCCACAUAUCUCUCACACAGUCCAACACAUUGUGGCUUUGCUGCGUUUGUGUUCAAAUACCUAGGAAACACUGUAAUUUAGGUGGACAUGCACAUGCUGGGUGUCACAGAGGAUUCUAUGUGUGUAGAACGUUUAGGGAAGUUGAAGUAUAUUGAAAUGUAAGGAGCGUGUUGAGGAUUUGGCCGACAAUGCAUUCAAAAUAGCCUUUGCAUAAUAAUGAUGAGUAUAUGAGGUCCAUAUGUUGCCACAAUAUAAUGAUUAUUUCAGAAUGACCAUAUAUAAAACUAUGUAGAUUAUGGGUGUAUGUCCAUAUAUCUCAAAAUAUAGUAACCAUGCAAUUACUGUGCAUUUCCUAUCAUUUGUUGCAUCAUGGAAAUGAACCAAUUCUUAUGUAUGUUUUCAUAUAUUUAAUUGCUUACAAUUAGAAUGGGGGAAAACAUUUCCUAUCUAUUAUUUACGUAUCAUUCCAUUUACUUGUUUGUAAUCUAUUGGGUAUAUUUCUUUUUGGUAUAGGUUGGUUGAGAAGAUGACAUCAAAAUGUGAAGACCCCCCCUCUCUCUCUGUUUUUCGACUUGGGCCUAUUCAGGGUGAUGAAACGUUACAGAAUGUUCAGAUAGAAAUGUAUUGUGUAGAACAUAUGUGGUUGUCAUAUAGAAUAUAAAUUGUCUGCUCUAUUCAUUCUAUUUCUAUCUGCACCAUUUAGAAAGUCUAUCUGUUAGUGUUUUAUUGAAAUAUAAUUCAACUCCAAUGUCACUAAAACUAAGAAUGUUUUAUACUUUAAUGCUGUUGCUUUGAUACUCCCACCCCCAAAUUGAUAAAUUUGUACUUUUAUUGCUAAAACGUGUGACAUGA